GGUUUAUUUCACUGACCUGCAAGAAGGAAACUGGAGAUGAAACGUACUCUCUGGCAUUUACAUCGUUUGUGCUUUUAUUAACGAAGAAUUGAAACCGCUUUCACUGUAACUCAAGAACAGAAGAAAUUCUAGAUGUGCCUCCUCAACCUCAUGUAUAUAAUUAUUGAGUGUCAGACACCAGCUACACAGCCCUGAAGAGAAGGGGUUUGACUCACUGAUCUACACAAGGAACAUGGACGAUCAAAGCAAGAUGAAGUUCCUCUUCAGUAUUCUCAACGUUUUUGUUCUAGUUACUGGAGCCUCCACUCUGACCUGUUACACUUGUCUUAAUCCAACCGGAAACUGUACAAGGCAGAUCACAUGCCGUCCAGGCCUGCAAUGCACAACCUUCUUAGACACAGUAAGAAUCGGUUCAACAACAUCCAGCUACAUUGCUAAAGGUUGUGGAUUCUGCAACGAUGCUUUUUCCUUCAACUUUGGUUCAAUCGCUCUUUUCCAGGGAUCCCGUUGCUGUAAUUCUGACUUAUGUAACAAUGUCAAUUAUCAAGUACAACAGAACACAUCAGUGAAUGGUCUCGAGUGCUAUGGGUGCUACAGUAAUUCUGUCAGUGAGUGUGUCAACAGCUUAACCAUUGUGAAAUGUACAGGGAUCGAGAAUCGCUGCGGAUAUACUGACAUUCAGCUGCCCAUUGUUGGAGGACACAGUUCGGUUAUCGUCAAGGGAUGUGUAUCUGAGAGUGCCCGUCAGCUAGUCAAAUCAUCAUCGGUUUUCGGAGUACAAACGGUUUCUGACAUCCAGUUUUGUGAAGGGAAUCUGUGUAACAAUGAAAGAACUCUCCCAGGACGAAAAUGUCAAUCCUGUGACAGUGCGUCUGGAAGCUGUGAACCCACUCCAAUACAAUGCAUCUCUUCAGACUGUAAAGCAAUCUUGAUCAAAGAAGACACUAGUGGGACGAUCAGACAGUUUGGCGUUCGUGGUUGUGGGAACUGUACUGGCAAUCUGUCCUUUAACGCUGGGACAUUCUCAGUGGAAACAUCUGAGUCCUGCUGCCAAUCAGAGCUCUGCAAUGACACAGUAAUCACAGGAAAAAUAAACACCACCUAUAAUGGGCUGGAGUGUUACGGAUGCAUGCCAUUUAGGAACACGAGCUGCGUAGAUCGCAGGAACUUGGUGAAAUGUGUCGGGCAUCAGACACGCUGUCUUCACUACUCAGCUACAGAUUUCCCAGAGCACAAUGUAAUCGUUAAAGGCUGUGCAUCUGAGAGCUUCUGCAGAAACUCAGACGUCAUGAAGUUUUACAACCUGCAGCCAAAACAAGACUUCUACUGUUGCCAAGACAACGGCUGCAACCUUAGGAAUUCAGGUGGCAGCACAGUACAGACAGCAAUGCCCACAGAUUCAGGGGGCAGCACAGUACAGACGGCAAUGCCCACAGAUUCAGGGGGCAGCACAGUACAGACAGCAAUGCCCACAGAUUCAGGGGGCAGCACAGUACAGACAGCAAUGCCCGCAGAUUCAGGGGGCAGCACAGUACAGACAGCAAUGCCCGCAGAUUCAGGGGGCAGCACAGUACAGACAGUGACCUUUCUGCUCCUGCCAUUAGUUGUCCUUGUACAGGACUUGUUUUAGUCAGGGGUGUGAGAGAAUUCUGCUGCGUUGUGGGAGAUUAGCAGAUGAUCCUGUCAGAGAGGGGAAGAAUUUGGUUUUCCUGAGUUGUUGUGUAACUGGAACAUGCUGCCUGAAAGGGCAAGGGAUGCAGAUUCAACUUGACACAGGGAGAAUUGGAGAAACAUUUUAUCAUGAAAAAUUCACAGGGUUUGGGAUGAGUGGGACUUGCUGCAUAGCACACUUGAGCUAGCACAGUUAUGGCUGCUUGAAGACUCAAUGAAUCAUCUGUUGGAAUCACUAAUAUAACAUGGGGAUGUCUUUCUUCUCUCGUUUCAAACAAAAUUUUAUUUUUGGGUCUCCAUCUUUCAGUUGAUUAGAAUCCCUGCAGAUUCUCUGUACUUAGCCUUCCAUAAUGUUUGUACCUUGGCUUUAAUCCAGGUCAGUCAUUCCUCUGUUCCUCUGACAAUAUUUACAGACAUUCUCCUGUGUUGAUCAUGGUUCAGUUGGUGACUGAAGCCUCUGAUUCAGUGGAUGGUGGGUUUGAGUAGCACUGCAGGAAGUUGAAUAGAAUAUGUCGGCUGAUACCAACAGUGAAGAACAGCAUACUGUAAGAGGAACAGUGUGGAGAAAAUGUUGCAUCAUCAGAGAGUCAGCACAGAGAGAGUGCCACACUGUCAGAGGGACAGUACUGACACAGGGCUGUAAAUAUUGGAGGUUCAUGCAAGGAAUUGAGGUGUGGAUUGGGGGCAGGGAGGGAAAGUUGGUGGUGUAGUGGUGGUGCGUUCAUUCUCUGAACUGUGUACCAGCUCUGUUUAUCAUUCCCAUAGGAGAUUGCCUGGAGAUUUACAGUUCAGGAUAAUUUCAAGAUGUUAAAGUAACACAAUUAUUGAAUGCAAAUCACAUUCAGAAAGCUGAUCGUUAAACUUCGCUGGACUCUAAUUGAAUAUUCCGCAAUAAACUGAUCAAUGCUGAAUUUCAUUCAGAAGAC